ACUCAGAUUGGAAAAGGCUAAGCAAAGAGCUUUGCUAAAUAGAGAGUUUUAGCCCCCAUCUUUUGGGAUUUCAGACGAUAUUUAUCCAAAUAGUAUUUUCUCAUCCUGAAUACUAAAUUGAGAUGAUUUUGUUUUCUUCUUUACAGGCCAGCACCUCACAUGCUACCAGCAGAUUACCUGUGAUGACAGAUUCUGCAUGUCAGACUGACCCACCCAAGUACCGUACUGUUCGUACACAGCUAUCCUCGAGGACUCUUGGUUCACAUCGAAGUACAGCUGUCCAGGCUAAAAUUCCCUGCAGAAGCGUUGGUGUCGAAACACUUCCGUUGGAAGUGCCAGUGCCCUUUUUAACAUCCACCCCCUUAAAGAGACCACCAAAGAGGCCCCGUGUGGAUCUUGAAGAGGAAUACGAAGAUCCAUUUGAGGGAAGCUCUUCUUUGGUGUUUUCCGAAGACCAGGAUGCAACUUAUGAUCCAGCAGAAUCCAUAACAAAUGCUACAGAAACAACAGCCAUGUCUGGUCAAGAACAAAACCCCCCCCAGACGAUCAACACAUACAUCGUGUAUGAGACCUGCCUCAUGGAGCUUUUUGAAUCAUGUCCUGUGUGCAAGCGUGUGUGUAAUGUACAAACCAGAAGGAUCGGUACAUUCAUAUCAGUGCAGCAGCUGUGCCCCCAUUGUCAGUUUACAAGAAACUGGAAUAGCCAGCCUGUUCUUGGGAGUACUCCAGUUGGAAACCUGCAGCUAUCAGUUGCAACAUAUGUCAACAGAGCAUCUUUCUUUCAUUUGCACUUUCCAGGUUCUCCUCAUCGACUCGUCAACAAAUCUACAGGUGAUCUUUGAGAUUAAAAUGUGUUC